ACUUGUUCUUGGCGGUAGCCAUAUUGAUUUGUUCCUCCUGUUGUGUGUGAUCUAUCCAGCCAGGAUAGAAUAACGUUGAUUUGUUGUGAUUGAUUUGAUCAAUUGAACAAUUAUUGGUUGGAUAGCUGAGUGGUUAUAUUUGUUUAGAACCGCUAUCUUACCCAAUUCCUUUGUUUUGGUUUCAAUCGGGCGAGGGCGCGUAUCUAACUCAUCCAGACAGCUGUCCAGCAGUCCAAACGUAGUUUGGAUCUUACAGUUCUAAACAAAUAUUUGGUCGAAUUCGUUUGGCUUUCGUUUCGUUGAUUCCAAUCAUCGUCUCUGGGAAUAUCUGGUCGUUCGCUUCCGAUGCCAAACAAUCGUCGAAGGAAAUUAAGUCCAAGGCUCGUGAAUGUUAAAAGAGAUGAACAAAAGGAUGGAUCCCCUCAAUCAAGGCAAGUGCCUUCUGAUGCUUCUAUGUGUCAUGGUUCAUAUUCUAAUAGGGACGAUUGUAAUUAUAGUGAAUCUAGUUGUGAUAUAAUGGCAGAUGGCAUAGAAAACCUUAAUUUAGACGUGAAGCAAGCAAAAGGCGUAAGGCCUACAGCGUUUUUCAUAGGUCCAGAGUUACCAAAGGUUGAGUUAAGUUAUUUCGACGGUCAACCAAGAGGUUACUGGAAGUUUUUAAGGGAGUUUGAGACCUAUGUGGAAUCAAGGGUCAAGGAUGAUGGUCAACGCUUGCUUUAUUUGAUACAUUAUUGUAAGGGUAAAGCGAAAACAGCCAUUGAGGGUUGUGUUAUGUUGGAAGCCUCUUUUGGUUACAAGAAGGCCAAGGAAAUUCUAAAACGGUUGUUCGGACAGGCGCAUGUAAUCGCUCGGGAGACUUUAGAGGACUUAUUCAAAACUACAAAUGUUGAUUACAGUGAUCCUGAGCAACUAACAAAUCUAGCUAUUAGGAUGGAAAAUUGUUCUAUGGUUUUGAAACAGAUGAAGUAUACUGCCGACUUAAACUCUUUAAUUACCUUAGAGAGAAUAGUAGGACUCUUACCUCAAGUUAUGCAAGCCCAGUGGGCGGACUGGGUAGAUGAAUUGACUGAAGAUAAUAGAGAACCAACCUUUGAUGAGCUUACCCAAUUUAUAGCAUCCCGCGCGAGGGUAGCUAAUAGUAGGUUUGGACGGUUAGCGAAUCGUCCGAGAAAGGGACACAACUUAAAGACAAAUUGUCACUUGCAAUUGGAGCAGGCGAAUAAUUCGAAAGAGAAAGCUAAAUGCAGUGUGUGUUCCCUGGACCAUGCUAUUUAUAAAUGUCCAAAUUUUUUAGCGCUUACCGUUCAAGAGAGAUGGUCUCACGCGAAGGUUAAUGGCAUCUGUUUUGUCUGCCUCAGGCAAGGGCAUAAAGUUAGUGAAUGUAAGCUGGCAAAACGUUGUAACGUUGAGGGUUGUGAAAGGAAACACCAUUCUUUGUUACACAGCGAGAGUGAGAAACCUGGUACCUCGAGUUGUUGCGGAUAUACUAAAUCACUAAUCAGUCAAGUGUGUUUAGGCAUGAUUCCCGUACGGUUGAAAUCGCGAAAAGCCGAGAUUGUGGGUUAUGCUCUGUUGGACAACGGUUCUGAUGUGACACUGAUAAGAUCAAACUGUUUGAGGUCUCUCGGGCUGAGCGAAGACGAAGCAUCAGUGGUAGUUGAGACUGUGGGCGGUAAUAGAACAAUGAAGGUCACGAGUGCGCCUUUUGAGGUAUAUUCUUUAGAUCAAUCUGAACAUGUUACUAUUGAAGGAGCUCUGGUUGUAGCGAGUAUACCAGGUCAUAAGCCAACAAAAUCAGCAAUGAACAACCUAGUUAAAUGGCCACAUUUAAGGGAUGUACCAAUAGGCAACCUAGACUCUGAAGAAGUUCUGCUGUUGAUUGGUUGCGAUGUACCAGAGGCACACUGGGUGUUAGACCAGCGGUUGGGUGGAAGAAAAGGCCCGUACGCUGUGAAGACGUUGUUGGGGUGGACGGUCUUCGGACCUGCGUCAUAUCCGGAAUACAGGAAAAGAGUUGUCAAUCAUACCAGUAAGAUACAGGCUUUGGAGAACGAAAUACGUAAACUUUAUGAUGUAGAGUUCUCUGAUGUUUAUUCAAAUGAUAAAUCAGUAUCAAUAGAAGAUAAGGCGGCUAUAAGUAUUGUAGAAGGGGGCACACGCUUCGAAAAUGGUCAUUUUGUAGUCCCUAUACCAUGGAAGGGGAACCCAGAUAUGAAAGGGGGGAAUUAUGAAGUGGCAAACAGUAGACUACGGAGUUUGAAGCGUAGAUUGUUGAAAGAUGACAUUCUGUAUAUCAAGUAUACAAAAGGUAUUGAAAGUAAUUUUAUUAAGGGCUACGCGGAGAAAGUCCCUGAAAUACAAGUGCAACCUAGUUAUCGACCCCGGUGGUAUUUACCUCACCAUGCAGUUUUAAACCCGAAAAAACCGGAAAAACUGAGAGUGGUAUUUGACUGUGCCGCCAAGUUUGCAGGCGUUUCUUUAAACGAUAUGAUUUAUCAGGGUCCCGACACAACUGCGGAGUUAGUGUGUAUACUAUUGCGUUUUCGCAAGGAAGCAGUCGCAAUCUCUGCGGAUGUGGAAGAAAUGUUCAUGCAAGUAAAGGUCCCUGAGUCUGAUCGAGGAGCCUUAAGAUUUCUGUGGUGGCAAGAGGGAGACAUGGCGAGGGAACCAUCCGAGUUUCAAAUGACAUCUCAUCCAUUUGGUGCCACAUCAUCGCCGUUUUGCGCGAACUUCGCCUUGAAUAAGACGGCACAAAUAUUCUCUGACGGUUAUGAUGGUUAUGUCGUAGAUGCUGUUAAGAAUAAUUUCUAUGUUGAUGACUGCUUGGUAUCCUUUCCCACUUGUGAUCAAGCAAAGAGUUUCGUUAAGCAGAUAAGUGAAUUAUUAUGUAGGGGAGGUUUUAAACUAAAGAAAUGGGUUACUAACUCGGAGGAGGUAAGGACCAUCUUGCCCGAUGUAUGUAAAGAAGAGUCCUUGAUAGAAAUGUCAGCGAGUUAUGACACUACACAUCGAACUCUAGGAGUAGAGUGGGAUUUUAAACGAGAUGUAUUCAAGUUUUACUUCGAUGCGCCUGAAAGGCCUCUGACUAGGAGAGGGAUUCUAUCUAUAGUUUCUUCUCUGUUCGAUCCUUUGGGUUUAAUUGCUCCAGUCUGUCUUACUGCCAAGGUUCUCUUGCAAAAACUAUGUAAGUCUCAAUUAGGCUGGGAUCAGCCUCUCAACGAGCCAUACGUGUCGGCGUGGCUAAAUUGGGUAAACUUUAUGCGUCAAAUAGGUCAUGUUACGGUAGAUAGGGGUAUCAAGAAGAGAAUUGACGAACCCGACGCGGAAGUAGAAUUGCACCUGUUCAGUGACGCUUCAGAGAUCGGUUACGGAGCAGUCGCGUACGCUCGAGUCAGUUAUUUGAAGGAACAACCCUACUGUAUUUUGUUAUACAGCAAGUCUAGGGUAGCACCUAUCAAACAGAUCACUAUACCGAGGCUAGAGAUGGCAGCGGCAGUGUUAAGUGUGAGGCUUAGCGAAGUCUUACGGAGAAGUCUGCCUAAUUUUUUCUGUAAGGUAAACUUCCAUACAGAUUCCAUGGUAGUAUUGUACUACAUCAAGAAUAUCGAGAAUCGCUAUAGCACCUAUAUAGCUAACCGUCUCGCCAUUGUGCAUCAGUAUACGAAGAUUGAACAAUGGAGUUAUGUAAGGUCGUCACAGAAUCCAGCUGAUUGGACCUCGAGAGGUAUACAAAAAAUGUCAGAUCUUGAGCUUUGGUUCAAAUGUCCUACCUUACUGCAUGGCGAAUUUUGUACAGCAAUCACUGACUGUCCGGAACCUACUCCUGACGAUAUUGAGUUUAGAAAAACUGCCGUGGUUAACUUGAGUAGUAUAAAGUACAACAUGUCACCUAUUCUCGCUUAUUAUUCUGAGUGGUUGAAAUUAGUCAGGGCCGUAGCCUGGCUUAGAAGGUUCAUAGAAUUUCUGAUGGUGCUUCGUUCACCGAGUCAUGAAGGAUCCGUUCAUCUAGGGUGUUUAAAGGUCAAAGAACUUGACGUCGCCAAGCGUAAAAUUUUGUUGAUGGUUCAGAAAGAAGUGUAUGGAGAAAUACUUAGUGGAUUUAAAACCAAUGGUAAGGUAGUUAGUCACAAUGAUCUGAAGGGCUUAUCACCGAUAAUGCUUGAUGGGUUACUCUGUGUUGGAGGCCGACUAAGCUACUCAGAUUUCUCAAAUGCCUUUAAACAUCCGAUAAUAUUGCCCAGUCGACACUUAGUGACAGAAAUGAUAAUUAGACAUUAUCAUAAGGAACAAGGGCACACAGGAACGUCACAAGUACUGGCCACGAUUCGAAAAAGGUAUUGGAUAAUAAAAGGGACCAGCACGGUUAAGAGAGUGAUAGGAAAGUGUGUGACAUGCCGGCGGUAUACGAUGGUUACAGGGCAACAAUUGAUGGCACCACUUCCAGCUUGUAGAGUGCAACAAGGAUGGUAUUGCUUCUCAGCCGUGGGAGUAGACUACUUUGGACCCCUUUUUGUCAAAAGAGGAAGAUCACUAGAAAAAAGAUAUGGGUGUGUAUUUACUUGCUUGCAAACCCGAGCAGUACAUAUUGAAAUGACACAUAGUUUGAAUACUGAUUCGUUUAUAAUGGCCUUGCUACGUUUCAUUGGAAGAAGAGGGAAACCUGCAGAAAUUUACAGUGACAAUGGGUCGAAUUUCGUGGGUGCGGUCUAUGAACUAAAGAGAUUUGUGCAACAGUUGAAUCAGCAAAGGAUAGACAAGGAACUGUCAGCUAGACAGAUUCAGUGGCAUUUUAACCCGCCCUCAUCCAGCCACAGGGGUGGGGUCUGGGAAAGGAUGAUUAGGUCUAUACGUAGACUGUUAUUGUUGAUAACUAGAGAACAGACUUUAACUGAUGAGACCUUAAGCACUUAUUUGAUUGAAGUUGAAAGGAUAUUGAACGAUCGACCCUUAACUCCAGUCGUCCAAGAUGCUAACGAUCAACUAGCCUUGUCGCCAAACAGUCUGUUAUUAUUGAGAGAAUGUGACGGAAUAGUCGAAGAAGGUAGCAUCAGAGAUAAAUAUGACAAACGAUGGAAACAGGUUAAUCAUCUUGCUAAUGUGUUUUGGAAAAGGUGGUUAAGAGAGUAUUUACCGUCUUUACAGAAGCGUCAAAAAUGGUUAGUUGAACAUCGCAAUUUUCAGAAAGGUGAUGUAGUGAUCGUGGCUUCGGACAUAUCGACCCGUGGAAAGUGGCCCUUAGGAGUAGUUGAAGAUUGUAAAAUAGAUGACGACGGAAGAGUUAGAACAGUGGUUGUUCGUACGAACGGUGGGUUAGUCAGAAGAGAUAUACGUAGAUUAUGCCUCCUGGAAGGCACGAAUUAAUUCCUCGCGUAUCAAUGUAAGUAGGUCGAGUAGGCGUACUGUUGUAAGUCCUACUCGUUCCUGUAGUGCGAUAUGUUAUAUAAUGAACCAUGACCGUAGACAUCAAGGUAGCUUGUGUGGUAUGGAGGGAUUUUGGGGGCCGGUGUAAGAUCCAUUUUGAAUGUUUUGUGUGUUUGUGAAAAUCCCUCCAUGUAUAUACUUGUACUUUGUUCCUAUUGAUUCCCUUAGUUGUACAUUGUUGUAUUUUGAUUACAUUUGAGUUGUUAAUACUUGUAUUUUUUAUUAUAGUUUUUGUUUUCUUACGCAUUCACUAAGUUUGUGUUUCUUCCUGAACUGCAUCUGUGUUGUUUUACUUGACACUUGUUCUUGGCGGUAGCCAUAUUGAUUUGUUCCUCCUGUUGUGUGUGAUCUAUCCAGCCAGGAUAGAAUAACGUUGAUUUGUUGUGAUUGGUAAAUUUCUUGCAUCCUUUAUCAACUUUCUUAUUUAUUGUAAUUAGAUUUGAUCAAUUGAACAAUUAUUGGUUGGAUAGCUGAGUGGUUAUAUUUGUUUAGGUAAUAAUGUACACUUAAAUUUAUGAUAAAUUAUAGAACCGCUAUCUUACCC